CAAAGAUACACAAAAGUUAUUAUAUUCUUUUAAAAAAUUUACAGGCGCUAAGUUUUCAUACCAAAAUGAAUUUUAAUACUCAAAUAUAAAACACCAAUCUGGAAACCCUAACGAGUUUUGUAUUUGGUGUUCAAAAUCCAGUGGAAUCUUGGCGUCCGGGAAAUCCCAAUAACAUUUUAAAAUUCAUUUUGAUACACCAUUUGAGUACGUCCAAAGUCUCAUCUCGGUAUCAGCGAAUCAAAUCGUUAACCUAACCUCAAACCUUGGAAGAAGGAGCAUCAUCAACUGGCUAAAAAACCGUAAGUCCUAAAUAAUGGCUACAUCUUCCUUACAGGGUCAACCACAAAACCAACAAAAAGAGCAACCCAUAAAUACACUACAAACUUGCCCAACAUGUAACAAACCAACACGCUCAUGCUGUAUUAGUUGCAGCAAAUGCCACAAACUCUUUCACUUCGAGUGUGCUCGUGUCACCAAUAUUUUGCAAAUAUAUACCUGCUCAUCAUGUUCUCAAAGUUCUAGCCCAGCAAGUCCCACUCACUCUGUACGCAGUCAUUUAAGCAUUUCUUCCGAUAAAUCACUGAACCGCAGACAAAACUUGCUACUACAACGCCUUGAGGAAGAAAAACAGCUUGCGAUUGAACGAGACCGCGAAUUUUUGAAUCGAAAAUACCAAAUAUUAGAACAAUUCGCAGACCACAGCGACAACGAAAGUUCCCUGGUAGAUUCUGUUAGUGAGUGGCUAAAUACUCAGCCUGCAGCAUAUUCCAACGACACCACACAAGAUUUGUUUGCCAACCACUUCGAUGAAAAUACUUACCAUAAUUUACCAACUGCUAGCUCUAAUGCUGCGUUUAUAGACAAUUACAAUCCGUCAUUAACAAUUACUAAUAGCGGCCAUCAGACAGUAACACGACACCAACCAGAUAUAGCCCAUAAUAUGUCGAGCAACACAGCUCGGCCCGCCUUCACAUCUACACUCAACAAUAAUGCAACAUUUAUUAAUAAGCCUUCAUCCCAAAGUUCUCUUUUCCCCGCGAAUUUGCGUGAUAGCGUUCCACCAUCAUUUUUAAAUACACCACAAAAUCUCUCCAGCACUGAUCUCACGUACCAGCAAAUAAAUGCCAGACAGACGGUUCCAAAAGAUUUGCCAGCGUUUGGAGGAAACCCAACAGAAUGGCCUUUGUUUAGUUCCACCUACGAUUGGUCUACGGCAGUCUGCGGCUUAACAGAUGCUGAAAAUUUGGUUCGUCUCCAAAAGGCACUUCGCGGUGAUGCUCUCCAAGCCGUACAGCAUAUAUUGAUUCACCCCUCUUGCGUUGCAACGGCCAUGGCAACAUUAAAGCUUUUGUAUGGACAGCCAGAAAAAAUUCUGCAUUCGCUAAAAAUGAAAAUCCGUAGUUUACCGCCUAUUAAUGCAAAUAAACUGGACACUAUUACCUCAUUCGCAGUGCAAGUGAAAGGCCUUCAAGCGACUAUUGAAGCGUGUGAUCUUUUAGAUGAAUUGAAUAACUCUUCCCUUUUGCAGGAGUUAAUUUCCAAAUUGCCGUCUUACUUCCAAAUUAAUUGGGGAACAUUUAAAAUGAACUUAGCAAAACAAAACAAAAGAGUAAAUCUGUCAGAAUUCUCCAAUUGGAUAUUUGACAUAGGUCUCUCAGCAAGCAGCGUAAACAUUGAGAGCCUAUGUACCUCUGCUGCAGUACCUGUCAUUCAAAGCAAGCAGAGAAACGCUUAUGUUCAUACUCACGCAGAAGAGAACAGCAAUGCGUGCAUGCUAUGUGGUGGUGACUGCAGAAACAUACCUUCUUGUGAGAAAUUUAUUACAGCUGAUCGAGCCCAGAGAUGGGAGAUGGUUAGAGAGUUUCAAUUAUGCAAGCAAUGCCUUCGUAAACACUACGGCCCAUGCAACGCAAAUGUAUGUGGAAAAGAGGGGUGUCAAUAUAAACACCACUGUCUUCUUCACAAAACUCGUCAUAACGAAGGAGCAGAUAAAAACAAACAAGCAACAUCAAUGGAAUCACAAAACAAUGCAAUCGCAGAAAAUUCAACUCAUUCUUGUAACACGCACAGUGCAUCCAUUCACAAUAAUUUCUUUAAGAUUAUCCCCGUAACCAUUUAUGGUAGUGGCGAUAAGCUAUUCAAAACGUAUGCCUUUAUAGACGAGGGGUCUUCUACAAGUUUGAUUGAAGAACAAAUAAUGUAUGAUUUAAAUCUUUCAGGGUCACCCGAACCUCUUUGUUUAAAAUGGACGGGAAAUGUCGAGCGUGAAGAGCAAAACUCCAGUCGUCUUUGUAUUACCCUCGCAGGCCCCAAUCAAAAGAGGUUUAAAGCUGAUGUGAGAACAGUUAAACAUCUAUCGCUGCCUAAACAAACAGUUGACUGCGAAGCGAUUGUCCAAGCAUUUCCCUAUUUGAAAGGCAUUCCUAUUCAAGGGUAUAAAGAUGCAGUACCGCGUAUUCUUAUUGGCUUAAAUAAUUCACGAUUAUGUGUUUCUCAGCGAAUAAAAGAGGGAAAGGCAAAUCAACCGGUUGCAAUUUGUACUCGCUUAGGCUGGCUGUUGUGUGGCUCGUCCAAAGGGAUUUCAUCGGUGGAGUAUCAUCAUUGUCAUGUAUGCGAGUGUAAUGUGGAUUUAGAAAAUAACUUAGAUAAACUAAUCAAAAGAUUUUAUUGCUUGGAAUCAUCUGGUAUUAGCUGCACAAUGAAAGCGUUAAGCGAUGACGACAGUAAAGCAAUCGCAAUUAUGGAAAAAUAUACAAAGCAGAGGCCCGAUUCACACUAUGAAACUGCAUUAUUGUGGCGAGAUGAAAACAAAGUUAUGCCCAACAGCUAUGAGAUGGCAAAAAAAAGAUACUUGUGUCUAGAAAAAAGAUUAAAAGCUGAUAAAGACUUAGAUGCUAUUUUAAAUAAGACUAUUUCUGAAUAUGUUUCUAAAGGCUAUAUAACAAGAGUUACCUCAAAUGAUAUGUUAUCAGCAAAGAAACUCUGGUAUUUGCCAAUUUUUCCGGUGUUCAACAAGAACAAGCCCGGCAAGACCAGAAUCGUUUGGGAUGCCGCCGCAACAGUAAAUGGAGUAUCUCUCAACUCAAUGUUAUUUAAAGGGCCAGAUUUAUUGUCGUCGCUUCCAGAUAUACUUUUUCGUUUUAGGCAAAAGUCUGUGGCCAUUUGCGGAAGAUCGUAA